AUGGCGAAAGAGGACGAGAAGCCCACCUCCGUCGACAAGGGCAAGGGCAAGGCCGUUGAAGAGAAGCCAAAGGAGCCGAAGAGGGACAAAGAUGGCAAGAUAAUCAAAGAAGAUGAGAAGCUUGACCUGCCCCCAGUCUCAGAGGAGCUGAGCGAGGAGGACCAGCAACUUAAGAGUGAACUGGACAUGCUUGUCGAGCGGAUACAGGAGUCCGACACCAGCCUAUACAAGCCUGCGCUGGAGGCGAUCAAGAAUUUCAUCAAGACUUCGACGUCCUCUAUGACGGCUGUGCCAAAGCCGCUCAAAUUCCUCCGCCCGCACUACGAGCAGCUCGAGAAGACCUACGAAUCAUGGCCCGAAGGAGAAGACAAGGUUUCUUUCGCGGACAUGAUGUCAGUGCUCGGAAUGACCUACUCGGACGAAGACCGCCACGAUUGUCUAAAGUACCGGUUACUCUCGCCCUCGAAGGACCUUGGAUCAUGGGGCCACGAAUACAUGCGCCACCUUGCUCUCGAGAUCGGACAGGAGUUCCAGAACAGACUGAACGAUGACAAGCCUGCGGACGACUUGACCGACCUUGCGCUGACCCUCGUGCCGUUCUUCCUGAAGCACAACGCGGAGGCCGAUGUUGUGGAUAUUCUCAGCGAGUUGGAGAUGAUUGAGCAGAUUGUAGAGUACCUCGACGAGAAUACCUUCUCAAGAGUGGCACUUUACAUGGUCAGCAUGGUCCCUCUUCUCACUUAUCCCGACAACGACCGCUUCCUCCGCACCGCCUACAAGAUCUACAGUCAAUACAAGCAGUACACCCCAGCGGUAGUAAUCGCAAUCCGCCUGAACGACAAGGAUCUGAUCCAGGAAGCCUUUGAUGCCACCGAGGACAAGUCGAUCAAGAAGCAGAUGGCAUUCCUUAUCGCGCGGCAGCGGGUUGUCAUUGAUUUGCCGGAAGACGAGGAGGAUGGCGAGCUGGCGGAGUGUCUCAGCAACACCAGGCUCGCCGACUACUUCAAGCACCUCGGCAAGGAGCUGAAUGUUCUGGAUCCCAAGACGCCCGAUGACAUCUACAAGACUCACCUGGAGAGCAGUCGGACAGCUGGCUUGACGAACACCGAUUCCGCCAGGCACAACCUCGCGAGCGCAUUUGUCAACGCAUUUGUCAAUGCUGGUUUCGGCCAGGAUAAGAUGAUGCUGGUUGAUGAGGACAAGAACAGCUGGGUCUGGAGAACCAAGGACGAGGGUAUGCUGUCCACGGCCGCGUCUCUGGGUCUGUUGAUGCAGUGGGAUACCGAGGGUGGUCUGGACAAGAUUGACCGUUACACUUACUUGGAGGAAGACCAAAUCAAGGCUGGUGCCAUGCUGGCUAGCGGUAUCGUCAACUCUGGUGUAAGAAGCGACGCUGACCCCGCCAUGGCUCUCCUGGGCGACACGGACAACUUGGAGAACAAGAGCGUACAGAUUCGGGUUGCCUCCAUCAUGGGUCUGGGCCUGGCGUACGCAGGAUCGAACAAGGAAGAACUCCUUGAUCUCCUCCUGCCAAUCGUUGGUGACACUUCUCUUGACAUGCAGCUUUCCGCCAUGGCCGCUUUGGCGCUUGGUAUGAUCUUCGUGGGAUCUGCGCAGAGCGAUGUCAGUGAAGCCAUCAUCCAGACUUUCCUUGAUGAGGACCGGACGAAGCAGCUGAAGGACAAGUGGACAAGGUUCAUGGCAUUGGGUCUUGCGUUGCUGUUCUUUGGCCAGCAGGAGGAGGUUGAUGUCAUCCUUGAGACGCUGAAGGCCAUCGACCACCCCAUGUCGAAGCCCACCUCCGUUCUGGCCGAGGUCUGCGCUUGGGCAGGCACUGGCGCGGUGCUGAAGAUCCAGCAACUCCUCCACAUUUGCAACGAGCACUUUGAGGAGGAGAACGAGGACAAGAAGGGCGAUGAGCUUCUGCAAGCCUAUGCCGUCAUUGGUAUCAGUUUGGUGGCCAUGGGCGAGGAGGUCGGACAAGAGAUGGUCCUGCGUAACUUUGGCCACUUGAUGCACUACGGCGAGGCCAACAUCCGCAAGGCCGUGCCGCUGGCCAUGGGUCUCAUUUCCCCCAGCAACCCGCAGAUGAAGGUCUACGACACGCUGUCGAGAUACAGCCACGACAACGACAAUGAUGUCGCCAUUAACGCCAUCUUCGCCAUGGGCCUUCUAGGCGCAGGCACUAACAACGCACGUUUGGCUCAGCUACUGCGCCAGCUGGCUUCGUACUACAGCCGCGACCCCAACGCACUGUUCAUGGUGCGCAUCGCACAAGGUCUUUUGCAUAUGGGCAAGGGCACAGUCUCGGUCAACCCUUUCCACACGGACCGGCAAGUGCUGUCGCGGGUGGCGGCGGCAGGUCUGCUUACGGUGCUCGUGUCGCUGAUCGACGCGAAGCAAUUCGUGCUGGCCGACAGCCAUUACCUGUUGUACUUUAUGGUGGCGGCGAUGCAGCCGCGAUUCCUGAUCACAUUGGACGAGGAGCUGAAGCCGGUGACGGUGAACGUGCGCGUGGGUCAGGCAGUCGACGUGGUGGGCCAGGCUGGAAGGCCGAAGACCAUCACGGGCUGGCAGACGCAGAGCACGCCGGUGCUGUUGGCGUAUGGCGAGCGCGCCGAGCUCGAGGACGAGCAGUACAUCAGCCUGGCCAGCACGCUGGAGGGCAUCGUCAUCUUAAGAAAGAACCCGGAGUGGGAGGAGGACCAGAAAUAG